ACUGACCAAAGAUACACUCGAGAGCAAAAGCUAAAGACAGUCUGACCGUCUGUAUUGCAGGCAGUAAUAGAUUCUCUUCCAAGUUGAUUAGUGAUUUUGUGUGAGAGCAAACCGAUUUACGGUUGCGUGUCUGGCGUAGAGCUACAAUACCGUACUGGUCUCGGCUCUUCGAAGUCAUUCUUGUGCUAUUUCUUUAUGUGUGGACUACGAUUGUGGUGUGUUUUUGUGUAUGAACUAUUUGGGGAAAACGUGCUGGGUAGUUUUUGGGGCUUUUCAUCAUUUCAGGAAGUUUGUGUUUGCGGGUGUUGUGUGAUGUGAGCAUUUACAAUAUGCAGUAUUAGUCUUCUUAACACAAUUCACACAGACGUAAAGCAGUCUUCGUCAGCAAACCUAUCUGUUUCAGAUCUUAGUCGGAAGUUGGAUUACAAAUUGAUGCUUACUGGUGUGACCUAUCCUACCGAUCAGCUAUAACGUCUAUUCAAUUGCAUUGGUAAAAUUUAAAUCGACAGAACGUAUUGUCGCUUUCGUCCUGCCGCAAUAUGGACGCUCAUUUGAACGUUGCGGAACUACCUUUGCCACCUGGGCCUCCGCCACAAAGACCUGCCUGGGAAAAGGCCAUGGAGGAAUUAGCUAAGGUUAACCCUCGGGCAGCGGCAGCUCCACGAGUGCUCAGCUCAGCCACGACACCGUUUCCACCUGCCCAGAUGGACGCGUUUACUGGUAGUUGGGGAUCCCCGGGCUUUGGAGCCUGGGCACCGCAGCAACAACAGCAACAGCCAAACACCCGACAACCUAAUGGACCAUUUCCCGUAGACAUGAGUGGCGCUGGUGUUGGUUUUCCGCCGGUGUACGCGCCCUUAGCUGGAGUGCAGGCUCCCGCUUGGGGUUGGGGUGUAGGUCCUCGUCAUAGGUCGUCCAGAAACAAUUUCAAUGGCGCGCAACAACAUCGGGGGAGUUCGAUCGGGGCCAAUCGACUUGGCAAUGGUGUUGUUCGAGGGGAUAUGGUUUCGUCUAUGGGUCUCGUGAAUCACAUAAACAAUUCAACAGAAAUUCUAGGUAAGGCGAAUAUGAAUAGCAGUGGAAUGGUUCAACAUUCCCCGUCUCCGACAAGUCAACAAACACAGCAGCCGUAUCGAGGUUCACAGCCCGGCGUUACUGGAGGUGCCGAGUUACAGGUUGGCAACGGCAUGAAAAUGUCAAUUGUCAAUGGCACUACCAUGCCACAGACCAUAGGAACUUCCACGGGAAACAAUCAACAGAAACAGCAGGCUGAAAGCGGCAACAACGCGUCGACUGGAUCGUCAUACCUCACCGAAUGGCCUAUUGCUCUACAGGACUACACGCGCCGAUCGUUCGCGAAGUGCAAAACUGAAUUUGAUAAACAACAGGUUGAGAUUAUUAUUAGAGGUAAGGUGACUGCUGCGACGGAUAGCAAACGAUUAUGGACGCACGAUUGGGCAAACGAGCCCCUGCCAAAGGUAUACAGUGAGACUGUGGAGGAAUCCCGUCGUCAGGAAGAAGAACGCGUCCAAGCAAAAGCUAACGCGGAACGACAACGCCAGGAACAGAUAAAACGAAGCAAGGCUGAGCGAGCUAAACUGAAGGCUGAAGCUGAACGACAGCGGCAGGAACAACUCAAACAGCAAAAGGUCGAAGCUGAGCGACUUAGGCAAUUGAAACGAGCCACUAAAAACGAACCGCCACACUCGAGAUUAUCUAGCGGCAAGGACAAACGGUCGUCAUUGAACGAUAGCAUCAACGGUCAUCGUAGUGACGCAAUAGAAGAGGACGAUGAUGAUGAUAAAAGUAGCCUAUCGAGGUCUAGAAGGUCGUCGGAAGUCGUGAUCAGAAGUGAAAUUAAUAGCGAGCGACAACGCCUGGCCGAAGCUAUGUCAAGGCUAAGCGGUGAUGACCUCAGGUUGAUGGUUGGGUCGUUAGGAGCGGCGGGGUUAGGGAACAAGCAAAACAACAAAUCAGAGGGAAUUUCUUCAGCUUUCAGCAAACAAAGCCUUUCGGGUAACAGGGUUAGUGGCCGUGGUAGUGAGUGGUCGAAGGGCUUACAUGCUAGCAGCAGCAGCAGCAACAACGCCAAGAAAAAUCAGAAUGAUAAAUUGAAAAAACGAUUUGCGGGAGAUGAGUUGAAGACGAGUCCCAGUCAGUUGCAAAAGAGAGCUCGGCGUUUUGCUAACAACAAUGACUCCGCGUCGCCAAGCGGAUCUGCUAACGGAAAACCUAUUCGUAAGACCGACAUGACGAUGAACGCGACGCUAUCGGAUAACUACAAUUGGUACGAGGAUUGGUCAGGUGCGCCGAUCGAAGGAACUUGUCAGGACAUUGAGAAGGCCUAUUUCCGUUUGACAUCGGCACCCGAUCCUAGUAGUGUUCGACCAGUCCAUGUUUUGCGCCGGUCGCUGGAACAUAUUAAAAAGGCGUGGAUUGCUAAGCAAGAUUAUCACUACGUUUGCGACCAGCUCAAGUCUGUCCGACAGGAUUUAACUGUACAAUGCGUGCGUUCGCUAUUCUCGAUUGAUGUUUACGAGACGCAUGCUCGAAUCGCUCUCGAGAAAGGCGACCACGAGGAAUUUAACCAAUGCCAAACUCAGCUGGCAUCACUCUACGCAGAGUUUCCCGAUGCGCGCCACCGAUUAGAGUUCGCGGGGUAUAAACUGCUCUAUCACGUCUUCACUCGGAACGUUUUAGAUAUGAACAAGACCUUGGCGUCUCUGAGUGCUGAAGAGCGGUCCCAUCCGGUGGUCGCGCACGCGGUGAAGGUUAUCUCUGCUGUGAACACCGACAACUAUAGUCGCUUCUUCAGGCUGUACCAGGAUGCCCCCCGAAUGGGCGCUUACAUCAUGGAGUGGAGCGUGGGCAGAAUGCGCAUUUUGGCCUACAAGGCCAUUUUGAAAACAUUCCGGCCAGGAGUUUCGGUGACUUACCUAGAGAAAAGCCUGCUCUUCCCAGGACGUCUUGAGCUUAAGGCGUUCCUUGUCGAACAGGGCGCCGUGCUAACGGCUGAUCAGCAGAAUGUCGAAUGCAAAGAGUCCCUUGCGCGUAUGUCGUAGAAAACAAGACGCAGUGGCGUAUUCGGUUUUCGCUUGACCCAGAGAGUUAAGGAAAAGGGAUUAGGUGUCCGAAAUGCCUUGCCGUGACCCUGUGUCACUAAAAGGCUGUUAACCCUUCAACACCUCUAGCUCAUGAGUGGCGAUCAUCCAGUGUCUUUGUCGACUGCAUUUAGUCACGAUUUCUCCUUCCGCAUCCUUCGUUCAGCAGCGAGAACCAUUUCAAUUAAAGAAGCACUGUUGUUCUCUGACAGCGGUUCGCUUUGCCGUUCGCGUCACGUGCGCUAUGGCCUUCCGUCUCAGGCUCGUACCGUUUCAUCAGUCCCGUUAUGUUGCCAAGAAACGGGACCGUCUCCAUGGUCAUAGAUGAGACCGUCACAUCGAUGCUGCUCGAAGUGGUCGCAUAAGGCGAGCUGACCUAUCCAAAGCGGUUGGAUCCCUUAUGUAGACCUGUAUUGGACUGUCCCAUGCCUUGAACAUAUGUUGUCUUCUAUCCCAUCGACACGUAUUAUCUGCUCUGUGCGAUUAGGCCUUUGACAUCUGUGAAAGUCUGUCGCUUACAUCGAUAUUGGUGGCCCUCUCUCUUUUCAUUCCUUCGCGCUAAGCCUACGUACUCGGCUAUCGCAGGCGUAGUCUGAGUGCACUUAUAUCCACUACCAGAUGAACUUAAGCACGGUUCAUGAUUCACAACAGCAACAACGAUGUACUUCAAGAGUGUUGUUGGCCGUCAAUGCCAGCUCUGUUUUCUUAUUUAAUAGGCAUGUGCAGUGAAGGGUUUCGUGCGUUAACUAGUGGCAGAGCUGGUAGAACGAAGAGGGCUUGACCAAGCUUCUAGCAUCGUAUCUCCACAGGCUCCGAAAGAAAAUGGUAACAUCUGACUAUGGUACAACGAAAACGGUCCUCUUAGAUGUGGCAUGUUCACAAAAUCUUUAACCUAUCACAACUGGAAAGCCGUAAAUGGAGCAAGGAGCAGAAGUUCUGAAAAUUUUUGAUAUUCAUAUUUAAGGGAAGACCGCCUCCUACUUCCUCACUCGUUGUGCCUGUGCCAACUGGCACUUCUGCAACCAUAGGUAACUUAACACCAAAAAGGUACGAGGGAUUUAGUAGGAAGAGCAGGCAAUUGGCUCUAUCGGAGAUUGCGAUGUCGUCAAUUCAUCGUUAUUUCAGCGAACCAUAACAAACAUCAAUGGCAACAAGGAAAGAUGACAUAAACAAAUUAAGUUGCAAGAAGUUCGAAGAAGAACUGUGCCCGUCUGUCUGUACGAGGUCUGAGAAGGAGUCUAGCAGCAAGUCGUAAGUAAAUUGAAAUGGAUGAUGGAAAAGAUGCGGCCAUUAGUGGUGAAGAAUGACCGUAGCGUGGUAAUGACAACAAAAGGCGAGAUCGCGAUUUACGUAAGUGUAAUAAGGCUAUUACAAUAUUCAGCAACACAAUAAGUGAUGAUAGGGUGGUGGUGAACGUUGUAAAUCCGGCAAGACCAUAUGAUUCCAUCGAUCUGCCCUAGCAGGAACCAUUAUUACCUAUUAUUACUGCAGCAUAACAUCGAUAGGACAGCAGUGAUAGACAGCACUGAGGUGAGCGGGAUGAUAUGGUGGCGAUUGGUGACGUCUUGGUCACAGCUAUCCAUGCGACCAUUUUUUUUUUAAUUUCUUCGUAUGAAAACGACAAUACACGACUUGAAAACAUACCAAUAUAAAUUAGUGCAAAAACAAUUAACGAACCGUUAACGCAGGCAUGCGAAUGUGCGUGGCCAUAGACGGCCCUUACUAGAUGUGUUAAAACGCGAGGCGACAGCAAGGGAAAGCAUGUCGGCAACUGAAGUUGAAAACAUAGCUAUAUUUAGUAGUGAGAAGCCCCCAUCAGUCUAAACGAGAUUGGACACUAUGGUGGCUGUAUAAUAACUUACUAUAAUAGAGAUAUGUCCUUAGACUAUAUACUUUGACUCGUAGUUACAUUCGUUGAGCACAAUGAUCAAUAAUAUCUUUGAUGUGUCCAACGUUUACAUAUAUCGAACUUCUCCGAUAUAAAUGCUUUAACGCUGUUCUCUUAUUGCUUUCUGCUUCUAUAUGCACAGUCAUCAUUUGGGAGAAACGGAAGAUGUACACUUUUUUUGUAGCCAUCAUUGUCCAGCCUAGUCUCUACCCCCCCCCCCCCUCAAACACAUACCUCGUUCUCUGCUUGGGGCCCCUUUGGGGUGCCUUAAUGAAUGUAUAGAGAAAAAGCGAGUGAGAGGAGCUUAUAAUUAUACGUUGUUAACAAUUAUUUUCAUACUGAUAAUAAUGAUACGCCAUACACUUGCAUUAGAUGACAUUAAGACAUUUAGCCCAUGGUAUAAUAAAGUGGCGCGCAGAACUAUUGCUCUAAAUGGAGACUGCGGAAAAUGUCCACUACAAAGAGAAAGCCCGUCCCCUUUAGCAAUUAUCGCUUUAAUUACUUCGUGGCAUUAGUCCAGUACAAGGAAAAAGAACAUAAUAAUAAUAAUAAUAAUAAUAAAAGCAUUGGUUUAUCAUUUUUUGUAUAUAGCACUACGCCUUUCCGUUUCUUCGAUUGUGCCUGCAACUUAGCAGCUGGCUUUGUUUUUCGUAGAUAUUGUCCUAUCCUCUGUCAAGUGUUAUAAUGAUAUGUUAUUACCGUGUGGUUUGUUGUUCUGAUAUGAUAAGAAUAAAACGGAGAGUGCCAAAUCUAGGUGGUACUAGCCACUCCGGCACAAUUCCUUGUCUAAAUAGACAGCAACGUUUUUUACGCCAGCAGGCCCAAAACAGUAGGGAUUCUGGCCUUAUCUGUAGACUGACUGAAACGCUCAACAGGGAUAGCGGGAUUUGAGACAACAGUUCGAUGUUCUUACUGUAUAAAACCUUAUACAUAUGAAAAAUAAAGGCGUAUCCAAUGGGCUAGUAGUGAAUAAAGAGGCGAAUUAAGAAAGGGUCGCGUUUGC